CCUGACAGUAGGAAGGCGGAAGUGUAGGUUUAGAUUAGCGCGAAUUUCUUACGAGGGUCUCAAGUUGGUCUGGUCUAGUCUACAACCUCUCAACUGGAAUUCAUUGACACUGGAAGAACCAAGAAACACUAAGAUAAGAAAUGGCGGAUGUUGGACUUCUCAUGGACGGCGAUCUUGAAGAUGGAGAGAUCUCCGGGUCGGAUACCGAGAUGGGAGCCGCAGCACAGGUUCCUCCAGCUUUUAGCGCCCAGUCCUUCCAGGCAAGAGCUUCUGCCCAGCCUCCUGCCACCGCCUACCGCAGCACCGCCAGGACAGCGGAGUCCAGCGACAGUGACCUGGAUUCAUCGGAUGAGGACGCGGGUGUUUGGCGUCGGAAGCGCCAGAAAGUGAUUAACGCUCCGCAGCCGCCUGCGUGCUCCUCCCGGCCAGGGCCGACCUCCGUGCCUUGCCCCGGAGGACCAGGAAGUCGCAAGGUGAAUAACAUUUGGGGCUCCGUGGUCCAGGAGCAGUGUCAAGAUGCUAUAACCGCAGAGCUUGGCAUUUUUGGCAUGGAGGGUGUCGGCAUGUCAAGCAGAAACGUAGAGACUUAUAACUUUGUCCUGGCACGCAAGAUGAUGGAGAAGGACAGGGAGAUGGAGCAGCAGUCGAAGCUAGAAGGAGAAGUGAGCAUGCUGGAUGCAGAGCUGGAGGAGUACAUGAAGGGCCGGGGGUCAGAUGAGAGAGCAGGAGGUGACUCUAAGAGGAAGAGGCCAGUCAAAGACAGACUUGGGCCCAUAGCUGAAAUGGACAUUAAGGGCCGUUAUGAGAUCACAGAGGACGACCCUGAUGAUAAGGUGACGGAUGAGAUUGCAUACAGGCUGCAGGAGCCUAAGAAAGACCUGAUCGCUCGCGUUGUCAAAACUGUCGGGAAGAAGCAAGCCAUAGAGUUGCUUGGGGAGACCGCCACGCUGGAGGAGAGCGGUGGCGUGUACACCAUGGACGGCAGCAGGCGGCGGACGCCAGGUGGGGUGUAUUUCAACCUGCUGAAGAACACGCCCAGCAUCACCAAGGCCCAGAUCAGGCAGAUAUUCUUCGAGGAACAACAGAAAGACUGCAAGAGUAAGAAGGCCGCCCAGAAGAGGAGGCGGCACGUGGUGGCCAAGAAGAUGAAGCAAGCCAUCGGCACACUAAACUUGCAGGAGCACGACGACGUCUCCAGGGAGACUUUUGCUAGCGAUACCAAUGAGGCCUUGGAGUCACUGGAGGAGGCUGCAGACGAAGAGGAGGAUCAGGGAGAAGUAGCUGUGGGCACUGAGGAGACAGCGGUGGUCUACAACUCUGCAGACCUGGAGGUCUUCUGAAGGAUGGACUAAGAUUUAAAUGAAACCCUAAGAACACUGUCAAAGUAAUGAAUACAGAGUCACAAUGUGGUGUCUUUUCUUUUUCUCUCUCUCUUUUUGUUAUUUAGCCUUAGCAAUACAAUGAGCACUUACGUUAACAGAUGCAUUGUUUGGCUCAGCAUGGGUUUGUUGAUUUCAGCUGUCGUGAUGUUGAUGGUGUUCACCUUUAAAUCAAAUAAUGAUUAAACAAAAACUGUUAUCUGGUUUUCAAAUACAGUACCCUUA